CAUACUACCCACGGCUCCACCUCUUCCUGUGCUCCGAGACAUAUACUUCCCUAGUUCACGCUGACUGAUAGAAGAUGUUACUGCCCAAAGUCCUGAGACUGUUACUGAGAGUGCGGAGCUGGCGCUGAUGUGCCUGUAGCGUGGACUGGGAACCGGAGGCAGCAGCUCUCCCUCGCCAAUGCUCACGACCUCCUUUUCUUUUGGUCACACGUGGUAGCGCUAAGAACGUCCACUUCCUGAUGAGGCGUGGUUUAACUAUUGAUUGGCUCAAACGCUCCUGGUCCCGCCCCUCUACAGUCACUGAUUGGAUAUUCUCCAGAGCAUUCAUUAUCUCCGUGGUAACAGCAGGCGCUAUGGAAGAUAAGAGGCCUCGUUUCGGCAAUCGGCACCUGAGAGAUCCCAGUCAGGUUUUCCAGCACAAUGCAUGGGACAAUGUUGAGUGGUCUGAAGAGCAGGAAUUAGCAGCUCGAGAGAAAGUCCAAGAAAACAGCUCUCAGCCAGUGCCGCUAGAGCAGCAAGAGGAAUAUGAAAAUGAAGCCAACAACUUUUGGGACAAGUUUUACACUAUCCAUGAAAAUAAAUUCUUCAAAGACAGACAGUGGCUGUUUACAGAGUUCCCUGAAUUGUUUUCAAAUUUCAAGGGCCAGCUGGAUAUAGAUGGAGAACAUAAGGAGGACUCCCAAGUGGACAUGGUUAAUGUGGAAAAAGAGUUGUCAGGAUCUUCAGCAUGUUAUCGUAUUUUAGAGGUUGGCUGUGGUGUUGGAAAUACAGUCUUUCCAAUUUUGCAGACAAAUAAUGACCCCGGCCUUUUUGUAUACUGCUGUGAUUUUGCAAGUACUGCAGUGGACAUUGUGAAGAGUAACCUUCAUUAUGACCCAUCCCGAUGCUUUGCCUUUGUUCAUGACCUCUCUGAUGAGCAGUCUUCUUUCCCCAUUCCCGAGGAGAGCCUAGAUGUUGUUAUCUUGAUCUUUGUCCUCUCUGCUAUCCAUCCAAGCAAGAUGUCAGGCGCCAUUACACGACUUAGCAAGUUGCUGAAACCUGGUGGAUGCAUCCUCUUAAGGGACUAUGGCCGCUACGACAUGGCACAGCUACGCUUUAAAAAAGGACGAUGUCUGUCUGAAAACUUUUAUGUGAGAGGAGAUGGAACAAGGGUUUACUUCUUUACACAAGAUGAACUUGGAGAUCUGUUUACUAAUGCUGGAUUGGAGAAAGUGCAGAAUGUAGUGGAUCGGCGGCUGCAGGUAAACCGUGGGAAACAGCUGACAAUGUACCGCGUGUGGAUCCAGUGUAAAUACCGCAAAUCAUGUAACUCACAAGACCCAGUGAUGCUGUCAUGAGAUGUAUUAUGAUGUAUAUUUCUGGACUGCUAAAGAGGAGAAUGUUCCGUUGACAGUUCCCAUAAAAUGCUGAGAAUGCAGCCCCAUUGUUUGUCCUUUGUGUUCUGUGCCCAAAAGGUGUCAUAUUCACCAAUAAGAACAUCUCCAUAUCAACCAAUUGAAACACUUGGAAUAUUGGCUCUUAGGAAACCUCUGACAUUACAGUGGUUAAACAUUUAUGGUAAAAGGACUGUAGGGACAGUUUUGGGACAAUGUAUGCAUUCCUGUAGUGUAGUGUUAGAUGUUUUGUCACCCUUAAUCAACACUUUUCUAACUGUACCCCCAUUGUUUGAAACACUUUAAAUUGUAUCGUUUAGGACCAGCAUAAGAAUAGAUGAAGCAUAUUUUAGUGAAUAAAGUUGUUUUUUAUUAGA